GUCGUGCAUUCGCCAUUCUUUCCCAUCAAAUAUGAUGCACCGGGAGUACUUUUUUUCAGCGAACUCCUUGGAUUUCAAUUUUUUGCUCUGGUUAUCAUGUCCAGCGACCAAGCCGUUGAAAAGACGUCGAAUGAGGUAGAGACGGCUGAGGUAGAAGAGUACACGACGACGCGGAGAGAACUAUGGUCGUAUUAUCUCUAUUAUGUGGGCAACAACGGGUUGUCGGGAUUCAAUUUUGGCCCUUCGCAGUUCCAGAAUCUUCUUUCUCUAGCAGGCUAUGACCCCAAGGACCCACCAUUCGUGACGCCGUGCUCGAACAGCUGCGUUUUGCCAUAUCUUGGUCAAGUUCGUGACAUACAUUCCAUUGUCUUAUUGACGAAUGGCAUCAGCUUUGCUCUUCAAGCCGCCCUUCUUUUGUUCAUUGGCGCAUGGGCAGACUAUGGUCGCUGGAGACCCAACAUCACGAUAUUCUUUACCCUCUUUGCCGUAGGCGUGUCUUUUGCAUGGUUGGGGGUAGACGACCCAUCCAAAUGGCGCGCCGGUAUAGUCUUGUAUAUCCUGGGAUUGAUAACUUAUCAGUGUGCGCUGACAUUUUGGACGGCUGCCUUUCCUGGGCUCGCUCAGGACCUUCCUGAUGUCAAAAGCUCGUUGAGUGAAUUAAACAACGGUCAUAAAAGUCAACAAGAUCAUGAAGUUUUGGCCUCGCUGGCAAAAAAUCGGAUAUCCAAUAUCUCAUUUGCUGUAUGCUCGGCUGGCGAAAUUAUAAUACUUGCGGUCAUGGUGGGGAUCCUCAAAGGGUUGCGAUCAGACGAAAGCACAGAGAACAACACAAAGGCAUUCAGUGUCUUGAUUGCGUUUUCAGGAGGGGUUUGGUUACUUUGCGCCUUGCCUUGGUUUGUUCUGGAAAAGAGGCGUCCUGGUCUGCAGCUUCCUCCCGGAACUAGUCUUAUGAUAGUUGGUUUCAAGCAAGCCUACGUCGCGUUUAGGGAAUGUAUGCGGCUCAAGCAGACCUUCUUAUACCUUAUCUUUUAUUUCCUCAUGGGGGACGUUCUAAACACCACUGUCACUGUCAUUGGUACUCUACAGAAUAGCGUAGUGGCUUACUCAACUCUUCAGCUGACUUUGCUCCUCAUCGUUGGUAUUGUGGCGCAGGGCAUGGGCAUCUAUCUUUUCUGGCUGGUGCAAAAGCGUUAUAGUAUUAGCACGAAGGCUAUGCUAUUAUUCAAUGUGUUUUGGAUUAUCGUUCUAACGAUUUGGGGCCUUAUUGGCGUUCAUACGGACAAAUUUGGAUUCAAACACGUUUGGGAAAUAUGGUUGUAUCAAGCUUUCUAUGGUCUCUUAGUGUGUCCUUGGUACGCAUACAGCCAAACCAUGGUUAGCGAAGUUUCACCGCUUCCUCAGAUGUUUCUGUUCUUUGCUUUGUUUUCCGUCGUAGGCAAAACCUCUGCAUUCAUUGGUCCUCUUGUGUCAUCUGCCAUCAUAAUGGCUUCGAAUAACAACGACAACAUGCCUUUUGCUUUUUUGUUUGCACUAGGUGUUUUCAGCACAGUUUUUCUUUGGCUGGUGGACGUUGAGAAAAGUCGCGUUGAAUGUGCAGAGUUUGUUCAAGCCGAGGCGAAACACAGAGCAUUUGAGUCGGAUGUUGCUUCAGAUACCGUAGACAACGGAAACGUCGAUGAAAAAGUCAAUAUGUAGGCUUGUAUGCUGAACUAGUAGAUUCAAGAAUGGGGUGUCCGCCACCGACACGGCU